AUGGACUGGUUGAACAGGAUACGACUCCUGGCUAUACCAACUCUGUGUGCUUUAUUGAGUUUCGUAUUCGUAGUAAUAAGACCUUGGUCUAAGAUUGCUGGGCAGUGGGCGUUUCUUGUGUAUACUUCGAAUCUCAUUUUCUUCUUCCCGAGAGGUAGGAUAAGUGUACAGCUAGAAGCAACUGUUCUCGGUACGAUGGGUGGUAUACUUGGAAUUGUAUGGGCUACGGCGACCUUGGCAGUUGCUGCAUGGUGUGGAAGGAAGUAUGGGGCGGAUUCAGCUGAGAGUCGAGCCAUUCUUGGAUUGGGUCUUUCGUUACUAGCAUUAGUCGUCGGAUUUAUACGUAGUAAAUCCCGUCGGCUGAAUGCUUUCUCCAAAAUUGCGAUCUUCUUUCCUAUUUUCAUGCUGACUAGUCAACAGUCCAUAACGCACCUUACAGCCGCUCAUUUCCUACAACAAUUCUACGUGGUGAUAUUUUCCGCUGUUUUCGCUUUAAUCCCCACCCUCCUAUUGGCACCUCAUCAAUCUCACAAUCAGAUCGGAGUACAGAUCGACAACACAGUCAAAACGAUAUGUUCACUGCUUCCCUUAUCUAUAUCAAACUUGUUAGAUGUAGACCAUCCCCUAACACAUCAACAUGACAGGCGUAACAAGAUCGAAAACGGCUCAGAUAAAACCCUAGAAGCACAAACUCAGCCGUUAGAAACACCUGACCAAGACAAACUCGCCAAGCAGUUGAAAGGUAUCGUAGCAAAUCUGCAUAUAUCCAGUGCAUCGUACGUUAAGGAUAGUAGACUACUGGAACGACAAUCGACGUCUUUACUGGCAGUCAUCAAAUCUCUGCAGAAACUUCAGAGGAACCCAUUACUCGGUCAAACAAGUCAUGCACCUGGGGAACGUAUACAGGCUGCUCUUCAGAAAUCUUUCCCACCUUCGAGACCGAGUAGCGUAGCUGGCGGUACACCCAAACAUCGUCGAUCGUUGAGUUUCAGUCGACAUCGAUCUCGAGCGUCAAUAUCAUCAGAGCGAGAAGCAUCGGGUGUUGAUACUUGGCCCAGACACAAGUUACGACAUCUUACUAGCAACUAUAGUAGGCCUUCGGACUCACAUAGGAGUAUACCGCUUAACACCCGACCUGAUUUGAAGGACGCAAGUCAGCAUCUCGUACAAGCUAUCGUAGAUUCACUUCAACUUGUUAGUCUCACGCUCGCAGAGAAGUUCCACUGGCCAGGUGCAAAUAAGGUAGAGGAUGCGAAAACGAGGGAAGAGUUGUUCGAUGCUAGAGUCAAUCUGGAAGAUGUCCUAACCGACGUUCAGAGGGCUUUGGGAACUCUAUUGAGUGGGACAGAAAAAGGCUUGAAUCCUGAAAGAGGAAGAGUCGAUGAUCUGCGACAUACCCAAUCGACCUCUUCUGAUUCGCCUCUGACACCAAAUCCGAUACACCCACAUGUAUCGUUCUCAGAAUCGACAGACGUGACGGAUCUAUUGAAAAACAAAGAUAGGUUCAGAUUAGCUUUUUACAUGACUGCUCUUUUAGAUCUGGCUCGGGAUGUGCAUGGAAUCACAAACACGGUCAUUGGAAUGGGAGCCAGAGAAAUCACACCUUUUAGCUGGAUAGCAAUUUUCAGACUGGGAUGGAUGAGACACGAUAACGAUGAAGAUGAUGAAAAUGCGCAGGAUGGCCAACCACCCAACGAAACUGAUCUGGUGAUGGAAGAAGAACAACCCAGGGACGAAACGAAAGAAUAUCAAGAUAUGGAUUUUGUCACUGCGACCUUGCAUCAUCGACGAUCGCCUGUUACCGAACAUGGAGAUAUGCGAGAUAGUAUAAGCAGAUUUUGGAGAAGAGGGUGGGAUCAGCAUGGAGUUGUCAGAGCUCGGAUCAUGUUAUCUCGGUUCUUCCAUCAACUCAAACACUCAAGACAUGUUCUCUUUUCCCUUAAAAUGGGUCUAGGAAUCUCGCUCCUCUCCAUACCUGCCUUUCUACCUUCUGAUCAUGCUGGAAGAAAGUGGUAUGAUACCUCUCGUGGAGGAUGGAUGGUUGUAUCUUACAUGUUUGUUUUGGAAGACACUACCGGUGCGAUUCUGAAAGUUGGGUUUUUGAGGGGAUUGGGAUGUUUCAUCGGAGCUGUCGUGGGGUACAUCUGCGCAAUAAUAGCCCAUGAAAACCCAUACGCUCUUGUCGUACUAGCAACAGCAUGUACGGUACCUAUCUCGUGGCAUAUCCUCUUCAACACCUCAACUCCAGGUCUGGGUGUAUCCACUGGAAUUACUCUACCCCCUUUACUGUUCAUAACGUAUCUGAACGAAUCACACGGUCAAUCGUAUUUCACUUUAGCUUGGUAUAGGUUCACGGAUAUCAUGAUUGGUACCUUUGCUGCUGUACUAUUUGGGUCAUUUGUCUGGCCGGUUCAUGCGAGAGUACAGUACUUCAGAGCCGUAGGCGGGACGAUGGAGAGAAUCACGGAAUUUUACCUAAGAAUGAGCAGAGACCUAGUCCGGUCAUCUCUUGUUUACAGGGUUGACGAUAAGCAGUACGACGACCUGGAAGCUAAAAUCAAGCGCGAAUUUGCAUUAUCCCGAACCCUAGUUGCCAUACAAAGACAAGAAAUCUCCUUACUUCCUCGACCGGUCAGGUUGUAUUCGGAAAUCAUCGAUGCCAGUGAAAGACUAUUGGAGACAUUGGUAGAAAUUAGGUUACUGAGGUUUAGUGUCCCCAGGAAAGCGACAGUAUUGGAUGUAUUACCUAUACGAAGGGAAUUGAUCUCAACUAUCCUGAUUAACCUAUGGGCCUGCGCACAUUCCUUCCAUUCUCGUUCCCCUCUUCCUCAAUUCCUUCCUACCCCUCGAUCACCUCUAUCGGAAUUGAUGGAAGUUACCGACCAACAUGCACGAGACAUCCGUGCGUUCAGAGAUACAUUCAGUGAAGAAGAUAUACGAGGUAGAAAUAGGAGUAAUUCACCUUCGCCUAUCGCUAUGAACCGGUCUUCCAGUGCUCAAGGUAAUGGCGAGGUGGACUAUCAAGCUGAGAUGGCUAUUCUUUAUGCUAUGGCGGAGAAUGAAGCGCUGGGGGAGGUCUGUAAUAUACUUGAAGAGAUCGUUGCGGCUGCUAAAACUUUGUUCGGUACACAAACAUUCUUAGAUACAAAUUAA